AAUGAACAAUCCACUUGGACGCUCUACAUAGAAACCAGAUUAAUAGACACAAAAUACUUAAAAAAAUAAUAGAGCAAAAGAAUUUGAAAAACAACUCCAAGAGGAAGAAAGAAGUAACAUAUCAUCCAUGAUAAUUAAUAGUGCUAGCCUAAUCUGCAGGAAUUGUUACUACACAAUAACCAACCACUCAAUAAUAAUAAUAGCCUGCCUAUUCAUAAUAACAAUAACUUAAUUAAUAACCACAAUCUGUAUUUGGAUAAAUAGGUUAGAUGUUGGAUGCCCCAAGAGUAAUUCAUUCAACAAUAUUAGAAAUUAUUUUUUAGAAAUACCACAACUCAACAAUAACCAAAUUAAUAAGGAUAAAGGCAACCGACUGAUCAGAAUGAGCCAGAAAUUAUCCAAACUAAUAUUGUGCAGACCUAUACAACUCGUGACAUUAAGAGUAUUGGACUAGAGAUUGUACAACCUGGAGAAAUAGCUUUAUAGGAACUUAGAGGCAUAUGCUCUACUGGCAUUCAAUAAUUUUAAGGAAUAUUUUUAGCAACUAAUUAUUAAGUAAUUAGAUUGAUGUACAAAUAUAGAUUGUGUUUUUACCUGAUAAAUACCCAAAAGAUUUUAGAAAGGAUUAUUUUUAUAUUCCUUAUACUCUAAUAAUUAAAGUAGACAAGACUAUGGAUAGGAAGCAAAAUGAUGCCAAUUUUAUUGAAAUAUAAUGUAAAGAUGGUAGAUGGUUCAAAUAUAGAUUUUUGAGGGAGCAGAAUGAUGACUGCAAUAGCAUAUUUAAUGUUAUCAAUAAGAACGCAUUCACAUUAAAUAAAUAGACAUUAUUUGCAUUUACAUUUUACAAGGAUUUCUCAAACUUAGAAAACGACUUUUAAGGAUGGAGGAUAUUUAAUAUAGAAAAGGAUUUUGAAAGAAUGGGCAUCAAUAUUUUAUAAGAAAAUUCACAAACCUAAAAUGGAUUAUUUAAAUAUCUAAAUAAUGAGAAUGGCAUCAUUUGCUCAACUUAUUAUAAUAGAUUAGUUGUACCUACAAAAGCAGAUUUAGAUUGUAUACAAAAAACUGCUAAAUUCAGAUCUAAAGAAAGAAUACCAAUAUUAUCAUAUGCAUUCACUAUAAAUGGAAAAGUGAUAUCGAUGUGGAGAAGUUCCUAAUGUAGAACUGGAAUCGGAUAGAACAGAUCUACUGAGGAUGAAUGCUAUUUGAAAUAUAUGUCGUAUUAGACUGUUGAUGAGCAGGAGAGUCAAUAUGAAGAGAAGGAAACUCGAUUAAGGAUUUAUGAUGCAAGACCUCACAUAAAUGCUAUUGGAUAAUAAGUAGCUGGAAAAGGCUAUGAGAAUACUCUGUUUUAUAGAAGAUGUAGCAUAGAUUUCUUGGAUAUUCACAAUAUACAUAAAGUAAGAGAUUCACAAACCAAAUUGUUGAAGGCAGCAUUUAAGUAUCUAAUUUCAAAUAAAUUUAAGUGAAAAUGUUCAAUUUCUAUCUUAAUUGGAAUAAUCAUAAUGGUAUGAUCACAUCGUAGCCAUCAUUAAAGGAUCUGCAAAAAUAGCAAUCACAAUGACCAAAGAGAAAAUCAAUGUGUUGGUUCAUUGUAGUGAUGGGUGGGAUAGAACUGCUUAAUUGACUGCUCUUGUCUCAAUUAUGAUCGAUUCGUAUUAUAGAACAAUCGAAGGAUUCAUGAUUCUAGUUUAAAAGGAAUGGAUCAAUAGUGGACAUCAAUUCUGUUAACGAUCUGCUAUAGGCAAUAAAUAAAAUAAUGAGGAUUCCAGAUCUCCAAUCUUCUUAUAAUUCUUAGACUGUGUGUAUUAGAUGUAGCAAUUGUAUCCAUUAUCUUUUGAAUUCAAUGGGAAACUACUACUAGAUUUAGCUUAUCAUCAUUUGACUUCAUUAUUUGGAACAUUCUUAUGCGAUUCCUUUUUGGUAUCACUUUUAUUUAUGCUUUUAGGAAAUUCAAAAACAAAGAAUCAUGGAACAAACUGUAUCUAUCUGGUCUUGGAUUAUGAAACAAAAAGACAAGUAUAUAAAUGCUUACUAUAAAAAUCCAUAAUCAAUUGAUUAAGAUGUUAUUAUUCCAGAACAAUUUACUGGAAAAUCAAUUACUUUCUGGAAAGAAUAUUUCCUAUAUUAUUCGUUGGAAUCAAAUGAUGCCUAUCAAAUACAUCCUCAAUGCCAAUACACUUGGUAAGAUAUAGUAAUUUACAUUUUAGUGAUAAUCUAUAAGAAAUGUACAAAGCGUUGUCCAAGGAAAAUCAUGUUUUAAGAUAGGCUUAGAAGGAUCAAGAGAAGUUAGCCAUUCUUCAUCAAUAGAAAUUUAAUUAACUAAUGCAAAUUAUCUAAGAAACUUAGAAUGAAGAAAUUAUUGAAAAACUUCAGACAAUCAAACUUAUUUGAGAAAGAUUUUCAUGUUUAUAUAAUAA